GUGAAGAUUCUCGAAUGGGAUCAGUCUCCUUUUCGAACUGUCACACUCCAGAUUUUAUUCUGAGUCUGUUAUUUCGUUAGUCUUUAUAACAUUUUCGUUCUUAAAUUUUAGCCUAUUGGGCCAUGGACGACUCUAGUGAGCCAAGCAGUUCUGAGCUCUACGUAGCCGACGACGCCACUCCCGACACAGCAAGCACCUCAGCCGUCGAACCGCCUAGCAGGACUUUGAGUUUGCCGGCUGCAGGGAUGGCAAUGGGAUUCGGAAUCCAUGGCACCGGAUCCAAUGUUCUUCUGAGUGGCGAGAUUAAAGUGAGAAAUGAGUCGCAUAAGGAGACAGCUAAGGUGGAAGCAGAGGCAGACAUGGAUGGGAAAACCGAGGCGGAGCUGGAGGGCGCAGCUAAUACGGAAGACGAGAUGGACAUGGACGAUAUACCGACGUGCAGCACAAACUGCCAAAAGAACAAACAGCGCUUUGUGAUCAAGAAGUGGAAUGCCGUGGCGCUGUGGGCCUGGGACAUCGUCGUAGACAACUGCGCCAUUUGCCGAAACCCGAUCAUGGACUUGUGCAUUGAAUGCCAGGCCAACCCAACCCUCAACUCAUUCGAAGAUUGCACCGUAGCCUGGGGAACGUGCAACCAUGCUUUUCAUUUUCACUGCAUCUCCCGCUGGCUUAAAACUCGCCACGUGUGCCCUCUGGACAAUCGGGAGUGGGAGUUCCAGAAGUACGGCCGCUAGUUUGAGGUUCAUUUCCAGCGCUCAAUAAACGCUCUUGAGUUUCGAGCCCGGUUCGGGUUCUGUCGUAGUUCCAUCCAAAAAUCUGAUUCU